CGUUAGCUGCAAACUCCUCUUUUUCUCCUCAGCUUCAUCGCAGAAGGUCCUUCUCUCGGCUCCAUCAUGGCGAACGUUGCUGAUACUAAACUAUACGACAUCCUCGGGGUAUCCCCCACAGCCAACGAAAACGAGCUCAAAAAGGCAUACAGGAAAUUAGCUAAAGAAUAUCAUCCUGAUAAGAAUCCAAAUGCAGGGGAUAAGUUUAAAGAAAUAAGCUUUGCUUAUGAAGUACUUUCCAACCAAGAGAAACGAGAACUGUACGACCGCUAUGGGGAGCAGGGAUUACGGGAAGGUGGUGGAGGAGGGGCCGGAAUGGACGAUAUAUUCUCCCACAUAUUUGGUGGGGGCCUGUUUGGGUUCAUGGGUGGCCAGAGCAGGAACCGCAAUGGAAGACGAAGGGGUGAAGAUAUGGUUCACCCACUCAAAGUAUCAUUGGAAGACCUGUAUAAUGGAAAGGCAACUAAACUACAACUAAGCAAGAGUGUUCUCUGUGCUUCCUGUAAUGGCCAGGGUGGCAAAUCGGGAGCUGUCCAGAAAUGUGCAGCUUGCAGAGGACGUGGCAUGCGUAUCAUGAUCAGACAGUUAGCCCCGGGAAUGGUUCAACAGAUGCAGUCUGUGUGUUCUGACUGUAAUGGUGAAGGUGAAGUUAUCAAUGAAAAGGAUCGCUGUAAAAAAUGUGAGGGUAAGAAAGUGAUCAAAGAAGUAAAAAUCCUGGAGGUUCAUGUAGACAAGGGCAUGAAACAUGGACAGAAGAUUACUUUUGGUGGAGAAGCUGACCAGGCUCCUGGUGUGGAACCAGGGGACAUUGUCCUUGUACUGCAAGCAAAAGAGCAUGAGACAUUUAGGCGAGAGAGCAACGACUUGCAUAUGACCCACAAGAUUGGCCUUGUUGAAGCACUUUGUGGAUUCCAGUUUACGUUGAAACACCUGGAUGGACGACAGAUUGUGGUCAAGUACCCCCCUGGAAAAGUUAUUGAGCCAGGUUCUCUGCGGGUGGUGCGAGGUGAAGGCAUGCCACAGUAUCGCAACCCAUUUGAAAAGGGAGACCUGUAUAUUAAAUUUGAUGUAGAGUUCCCAGGAAACAAUUGGAUAAGCCCAGAAAAAUUAAUGGAACUUGAGGACUUUCUCCCAUCUAGAGCGGAGGCUCCAACUAUAUGUGGAGAUUCAGAAGAGGUAGACCUUCAGGAUUAUGAUACAAGUCAUGGUUCAUCUGGUGGGCAGAGACGUGAAGCUUACAACGAUAGCUCUGAUGAUGAAAGUGGGCACCACGGUCCUGGCGUACAGUGCGCACACCAGUAAACACUUGAGAAAAAUAAGUUGCAUAAGGUUUUGAUUAAGAUUCCAGAUCUCAUGAGCAACCCAGAUUGCAUCUAAUGGACGUUUUAUUUUUGCUCUGUGUAACUUACAUUUGUUAUAGUAUUUACAGAGUUAAUAUAAACUAACAGUAAAUGCAGAAGUUUUGCCUCGAACUCAGAACUUUUGUCACAAGAGCUUUGAGUAGGGGAGUGAAAUCCUAAAGGACAUUUUUAGGUUUCUGUGUUUGUGUCUGUUAGUGUUUUUUUUUUGUUUGUUUUUUUACCACUUUGUGUAGGUUUGUAUUUCUUUAUUUUAAAAUAAAAAAAAUCUUGUGUACAAUUUGUAUUGGCUGCAGUCACACAAGCUGCUAUUAAAAUAGAAUAUACAGUUUCAUAGCCUGUAAGCUCUAAACCCAGGUGCAAAUUAGAACGCUUUUGUGUUUCUGCACUGAAUAAAAAAAACAAAAACAAAGUGAAGCAAAGAAUUUACUUCUGUGUAAAGUUUCUGGAGUUGUUAAGUACUAUUUAAAUGUACUGUGCUAUACAGCAUUUCAUUUGAAUGGGGUCUUCAUAUUCCCCCUCCAUUUUGAAUUUGGAUCCUGUUUUGAGGUCUACCUGUAUUUGCUGCAUUUCCUAGCCUUGAAUAGUAAUUCUGAAUAUUCAAACUUAUUACUUACUUCCGUAUUGUAGUGGACUUGUAUAAAGUCACCAUUACCUGAAAUUUUAAAUAAACAAGUUUCGUGUAGAAAUAAAAGUAUUCUCUUGACUAAAGAUUAUACCGUUUUCUCAUUCUAAACUUGCUCAGUUUUUUGUUUUGUUUUCUUUAAAUGCAAGUAGCAGUAAAUAUACAUCUAAGCUUACAAGAUUUCUAGAGCUUUAGAUGUUAAAUGUCAUUGAGCGUUUCCCUCCCUCGUAAUCAGAGCACUUGUGGCAGAGUUAUCGAAGUUAUGAAAACUGGACCGAUCCUGGUGUUAAUGAAUAUGUUAACCCAAAGAAACAUCAAUUUUCAAAAGAAAAAAAAAACUGCAGACUAUAUUCUGCAUUUAUCCAGAUGUAGAAGCCUGUUCCGUAGAACAAGAUAUUGUAUCUGAUCAAAAUUCUCAGUGUUGAUGCAGAUGUUCGUUCAUGUUUACUUCUACAAUAAAGCAAAUCUGUGACAAUGA